GCGUCACAAUUAGAAAAUGAUGUUCAACGUUUACAAAAGCUAUUGGCUCGAUCAGUACGUAAUUGUCCUUGGUGUGUUGAUCUAUGGCAACGAUAUGCAUUAGUAACUGAAGCUGUAAUCCUUGACAGGAUUUCAUUGAAAGGCAACACCAAUGGAUCAGAACACGAAUCUAUUUCACAAGAGUCUAAUAUCUUUAAAGAGGUUGAUGGUAUCUAUGAAACAGCUUUAAGCGCUGGUUUUACAGAUCCGAAUGAUGUGCUUAAAAUUUGGCGUAGUUAUUGUGAUCAUCAUGUACGCAGGCUUUGUUCAUUGGAAAAGAAUUCUUUAUCUAGAGAGCAUCGAUUAGCAUUGCUUCGUGCAACAUUCGGUCGAGCUAUUGAAUACUGUUUUGAAU